AUGACAACUCUCAAACCCAAAUACAAACCCUUCCCCAUGAACCUCCUCUCCCAACCAGACAACAACCUCCAAACCUACACGGGCAACUGCCACUGCGGCCACAUACAAUUCACAGUCACCAUCUCGCCCCCCUUCCCCGAACACCAGGUCGCAUCGUGCAACUGCUCCAUCUGCCGACGAAACGGAUACCUACUCAUCUACCCGUUGCGCGAAAACGUCACAAUCACAAAGGGUGACGGCCAAGAGGGGCAAUAUAGGUUCAAUCGGCGAAAAGCUACGCACAAGUUUUGCGGACGGUGCGGUAGUUCUGUCUUUGUGGAUUUUAAUGGGCAGGAGGCGAAGGAUGUUAUUGGUGUGAAUGUUCGUCUGUUGAAUGGUGUUGAUUUGGAUGAUUUGGCAUUGAGGUUUGUGGAUGGGGCUAGUCAUCCUGGGGAGUAUCGCGUAGAUUAG